UGGCAAAAUAUCAAUUAAAAUUAAUAUUUUAGCAGCUAAAGCCAAAGUAACUCUAAAAUAUAAUCUUCAAUAUGAUAAACCUAUUGAAGUUACAACACUACAUGAAAUAAAAAAAGAGAUUAUAUAUAUGUUUUUUGAUCGACAACUUGAUAAUUAUUAUGCUUUAUGCUUUCAACUUGAAACAGUUAAAAUGACUGCUAUUAGUUUUACAACAAGUUUAUUUGAACAAUCUUAUUAUGAAGAGGUGCACUAUAAUACUAUCUAUAAAACUUUCAGGAGACAGUUCAAACUUUAUGACCUUAUUGGUACUGGUUUUUUACUAGUUUAUUUAAUCUUGAAUACUACUAAAUCUUUUAAAAAUGAACAACAGCAAGGAUUAAAAACUAAAGCACUUAACAGCUUCUUUCAAUCUCUUUAUAAUGAAUAUUAUAGCAUCUGCUCAUCUGACCUUUAUGAAACUGUUGUUGAAAUAGUUAAAAACCAUUUCAACACACAUUCUAAAAUCUCUGUUAAUAUUAAUAAACAAUUUUUGUCUCCUAAUGAAAUAAGGAUUAAAGCUGUUUCUGAAAUAUAUGAGUUUUGCACCACAAAUAAUCUUUCAAUACAAUGGAUCUAUUUAUGGUUUUCUUG